CCCUUUUAUUGUCUCUGUUCCUCGUUCUGUGCACCAUUCAUUCAAUCUCAUUCCCUCUCCAUCCAGCAGGCAAGGGAGCAAGCCUUCUUCCAUCAUUCUUAUCUAUACGAUUCGUGCUUCUCCAAUCUCUCCUCUAUCUCCCGUGUUCGUUUCCAUACGAGCUAUGAACCUGAAUUUCUCGUUAUGCUCCUCUACCUCUUCAGAGCUUAGUGAUUCUAUUCUGAGGAGAUCUCCGGUUGGGAGCCGCUUCUUCUCUCGUGAACUUGUUAGAUUCGAUGAGACUUGGAAGAAAAAAUGCUUUAGUAAUAAUAUACCUCGUUGUGGUGGCGGCGGCACGAAGAAGGUUCUUGCGUCGUCAACGCAUAUUGCGCCAGGGCACUUGGAGGAUUCCUCUAUUGCUGCUGCUGCUAAGAAGACUCUACCGAGAAGAGGUCUUGGCUUUGUCAGGACCUUGUUGAUUGAUAAUUACGAUAGUUACACGUUUAAUAUAUAUCAGGCGCUCAGUACUAUUAAUGGAGUGCCUCCUGUGGUUAUUCGGAACGAUGAGUGGACUUGGGAAGAAGCUUACCGUUACUUAUAUGAAGACGCUGCUUUUGAUAAUAUUGUUAUUUCGCCUGGACCUGGUUCUCCCAUGUCCCCUGCUGAUAUAGGAAUAUGUCUUCGCCUUUUGCUUGAAUGUCGUGAUAUUCCUAUUCUAGGCGUUUGCCUUGGCCAUCAGGCACUGGGUUAUGUCCAUGGAGCUCAUGUGGUGCACGCCCCGGAACCAGUCCAUGGACGGUUAAGUGGGAUUGAACAUGAUGGGAACAUAUUGUUUUCGGAUAUUCCAUCCGGGAGAAACUCUGAUUUCAAGGUUGUUAGAUACCAUUCACUGAUCAUAGAUAAGGAAUCACUGCCAAAGGAACUCGUACCAAUAGCUUGGACGAUUUACGAUGACACAGGUUCUUUCUCUGAGAAGAAGUUCUCUACUCCUGUGAAUACCUCUUUGAGCCCAUCGAGGAACGGAUCUGUGGUUUCGCCCUAUGUUGAUGGAAAACAAGAUAGACACAUUCUUAUGGGCAUCAUGCAUUCUACUUUCCCUCAUUAUGGUUUGCAGUUUCAUCCAGAGAGUAUUGCUACCACUUAUGGAAGCCAAAUAUUCAAGAAUUUCAAAGACGUCACUGUGGAUUAUUGGAGUCGCUACAAAUCUCCAUCCUCGCGUCGAAGAAUGAUUAAUGAGACUGCAAACAUGCAGGUGCCUAGUGCCUGUCAAUUGCUGAAAGAACUUUCCAGAACUAGAAGUACAGGAAAUGGUUCAAGCUAUUAUAGUAACCCUAGCUCCUCUCUCUCUGCUGUUAAGAAAAAUGGUGUAGACGUAAUCGGUCUGGUGGAUUUAGCAUACCCGAAACCUCAUACACAGUUGCUGAGGUUGAAAUGGAAGAAGCUUGAACGUCUUGUAAAUAAAGUUGGUGGAGCAAAAAAUAUAUUCAUGGAACUCUAUGGCAGCAAUAGAGGGAAUGAUGCUUUUUGGCUGGAUACUUCUUCUAGUGACAAGGAUAGAGGACGAUUUUCUUUCAUGGGCGGUAAAGGUGGAUCACUCUGGAAGCAAUUGACAUUUAGUUUAUCUGAUCAAAGCGAGAUAACAUCUAAACAUGCUGGACACCUUCUGAUUGAAGAUGCUCACGGCUCUACUAAGAAACGAUUCUUGGAAGAAGGCUUUCUUGAUUUUCUACGUAAGGAGCUUUCUUCUAUCUCUUAUGAUGAGAAGGACUUCAAAGGUUUGCCUUUUGAUUUUUGUGGUGGAUACGUAGGUUGUAUUGGAUACGAUAUUAAAGUAGAAUGUGGAAUGCCUAUUAAUCGGCACAAAUCCAAGGCUCCAGAUGCAUGUUUCUUCUUCGCGGAUAAUGUUGUCGCCAUUGAUCAUCAACUUGAUGACGUUUACGUGUUAUCUCUUCACGAAGAGGACACUGAAGAGACCUCUUUCCUGAAUGAUACCGAAGAGAAGCUCAUUACCAUGAGUGUUUCGUCGGCAAGAAAGUGGAAGGAUCAAAACCUUCCUGCUAUAGAAUCGUCUCAACGCAAAGCGAGUUUUGUCCCUGACAAAUCACGAGAGCAGUAUAUCAAGGAUGUCGAGAGGUGUAUGCAGUAUAUCAAAGACGGGGAGAGCUACGAGCUUUGUCUAACUACUCAGAACAGGUGGAGAAUAGGGAACACCGAUCCUUUGGGACUUUAUCUCCACCUGAGAGAGAGGAAUCCAGCACCAUAUGCUGCUUUUCUCAACUUCUCAAAUGCAGAUUUGUCUUUAUGCUGUUCUUCUCCUGAAAGGUUUCUUCAGCUUGACAGAAAUGGGAUGCUAGAAGCAAAACCGAUUAAGGGUACAAUAGCUCGUGGCUCCACACCUGAAGAAGAUGAACUAUUAAAAUUUGAAUUGAAACUCAGUGAGAAGAACCAAGCUGAGAAUCUGAUGAUCGUUGACCUUUUGAGAAACGAUCUCGGCCGUGUCUGUGAGCCUGGUUCUGUCCAUGUCCCUAACCUCAUGGACGUGGAAACAUACACAACGGUACACACUAUGGUGAGCACCAUCCGUGGACUGAAGAAAACAGACAUUAGUCCAGUGGAAUGUGUGAGAGCAGCCUUCCCUGGCGGUUCAAUGACCGGUGCUCCAAAACUAAGAUCCGUCGAGAUUCUUGAUUCGCUUGAGAACUGUUCGAGAGGCCUUUACUCGGGGUCAAUAGGGUAUUUCUCGUAUAACGGUACGUUUGAUCUGAAUAUAGUGAUAAGAACAGUGGUGAUACAUGAGGAUGAAGCCACCAUUGGAGCAGGAGGAGCAAUUGUUGCGUUGUCAAACCCAGGAGAUGAGUUUGAGGAAAUGAUUCUUAAGACUAGAGCUCCUGCUAGUGCGGUCAUGGAGUUUUGUAGUGGGUUCCAGUGAAAGACACUAAAGUAGUGUCUCUUGAAACAACUCCAUUGUUAAUGGGGGAUUUGCUCAUUCAUUAAAAGGAAAGAAGACAUUGCUUUCGUGUUGUGGCUUUAAACACUUCUUUAAAAUACAUCUGUAGAAAAAUAUAAAUAGAUAUAUAUAUAUAUAGUUGUAAGAGAUUUUGGGGUGGAGUUGUUUUCUCUAUGUCGCUGUUGUUGUUCCGUUUUAUAGGGUCUCGUCUCUGGAGAUAUCAAUUUAUUCAGCCGGUUUUGCUUUUGUGUGUUUGUUAAAGUCUUAUGUAUUACGAUUUUUUUUUAAUGAAAGAAAUAGUUGAAAGAUA